GGGGGGGAGGGGAGUUACUGCACCGCACCGGCCCUGCGUGUGUGAGGGGGAGUGACUGCACUGCACUGCACAGGCCCUGUGUGUGAGUGAGUGAGUGAUUGUGAGUGAGUGAGUGAGUGUGAGGCUCCUAACAGCCAGAAGCCGAAGGAAAUUAAAGAUGUCGCUGGCUGCAGGGCGGCCUCUCACUCGCUUUUGAAAAAAAUAAAGAUGGCAGAGGCUGAAAACAACCCGAUGAAGGGAAUGAUUUCCCUGUUUCACGAGAUUGCAGCCAAAGGAGAUGUAGCAAAGCUAUCUGCGAUGAUGAAUCAUUCUGAGUCUCUCAUAGAUGAGAUUGGCGAGAAAGGCUGGAGUGCCCUGAUGUACGCUUGCAGGAAUGGACAUUUUGAAGUGGUCCAGUUACUUCUUGAAAAAGGCUGUGACAGCUCAAUUUCAAAUAAUUCAGGUCAAACUGCACUGGACAUUGCCAAAUUCUGGGGACACAACCACAUCGUCGAUUUGUUGUUGAAUGCUUCAGGUGGUCCGGAAGAGUUUCACAAUUUCUUCAACAGAACCUUCCUGAACCGGUUGAGUGAGAAGAGAACCGAUUCAGAAUGGUUAAAGGCCAAGGAGACUCAUUCAGCCACAGUUUACAUUCUGUUUUCCAACUUAAACCCUCUGGUUACUUCAAGCCAGCUUGGGGAAUCCACAAAGAGAGGCAUUUGCCUCUGCAGAGUGCGACAUGAAGAGGUGGAGAAAUUCUUGGUCAAAAUGGAAGCUACUCCGAUUUUUCUUGGAACUGAGCUGCAGACGAGCAACAUUAAGUCUUGUACAAAAUCUGUGUCAGACAGUAAUAUGGAAAUCGAUGACGGACUCGUUGCUUGGUUUGCAAUCAACGUGGAUAAUGCUGUUGCAGAACACUUUCAUAGCAAACACCCAGACUGUUUUUUUCUCCAGCCUCUCAUGCCACGUCUGUUGGAGCUAAACACAGAGGAAGCUGGUGUGGUGGCUCAAGCCAGGUCUGUCCUCGCCUGGCACAGUCGGUACAAGUUCUGUCCAACCUGUGGAAGCAAUACAAAAGUUGAAGAGGCUGGUUACAAGAGGACAUGUUUGAAGGAGGACUGUCCCAGCCUCCAGGGGAUACAUAAUACCUGCUAUCCACGAGUAGAUCCAGUUGUAAUAAUGCUAGUCAUUCAUCCUGAUGGAGAUAAGUGCCUUCUAGGAAGACAGAAACGCUAUCCUCCUGGACUGUUCUCCUGUCUGGCAGGAUUUAUUGAACCAGGUGAGACUAUAGAAGACGCUGUUCGGAGAGAGGUAGCGGAAGAAAGUGGCAUCAGAGUUGGGCAUGUUCAAUAUUUCUCCUGCCAGCCCUGGCCUAUGCCUUCUUCACUCAUGAUUGGCUGUUUUGCUGUUGCUGUGUCAGCAGAGAUUUCUGUAGAUGAGAAGGAAAUUGAAGAGGCUCACUGGUUCACUCGGUUCCAGGUCACUGCUGUCCUCAAUAAGCAAGAUUAUUCGUUCCUUCUGCCUCCCAGUCAAGCGAUUUCACACCAGCUGAUAAAACACUGGGUUAGAAGAAAUGCAAAUCUCUGAAAUUCCAUCUGUGAUGAUUGUCAUAUUCCUGAUGAACAACUGAAUCCAAGUCACAACUGCUGAUCCCACCACAAAAUUCCCACCAAAAAAGAUUAGCCAGUACUUCCAGAAUGAAACCUACCUUUAACAGUACACUGACUGGCUUAAAAGACAGAUCUGAUUUACUUAAUUUGCCUGUCAUGUUAAUAAUGUUAAUAAAUACUGAUAGUUUUAGAGUGCACCUUAAUUUUAAAAUACUGUCUAUAUGGAAAAACCUUUUAAUGUUCAAUUAAAUUAAUUGGGAUGUUGAUAAUAAGAAUCCUUGCAUUUGUUAAUAAUAAUAAUAAUAAUAAGAAGAAGAAGAAUUCUUGCAAUCCAUAGCGCCUUAUCACGUCUUCGAGACGUCUCAAAGCACUUCACAGAAUAUACUGUUAAGUGAAUUGACUGUGUAUUUUGUGGGUGAAAAUGAUACAGGAGUACUGUUGUUUCAACUGAAUUGUGACAAAUUGAUGUAUAAGUUUCUGUUGUGAAGGUGGUUUAUUGAAGGUGCUUUCCUCAAGUAUUGCGCCGUUUAGGUGUUUAACUUUGAUGCUCUGUUUCUGGAGGUGUUUGCCAGCGGUUCUGUUGCAGCUCUUUUCCGGUUUGCUAUUUUCAAUUUGUUGCAAAUACCAGGCUGUAACAAAGUGGCUUAAAUCUGUUUUGACCUCCUCCAACAACUAUCACAAGGGGUUAGGUUGGAGAACAAUGAGGAAGCAUCGGAGAGUUUAAAUUCAACACUGCAAAGAUGUGCUCCUUAUACCAAACUCACUCGGUGUAUUGAAAAUCUUGUAUCCUUUAUGGGGAAUGUAGCAAUCUUGUUACAAGUCCUUUGAAAAUAUCAGCUGUGAAAAAGUAAUCUCAUCACAUCACAAGUCAAAUGCAAUAAAAUAGAAAUCAUUUUGGGAUUUUAACAGAAAUGAUUUGAUUAAAAAGCAUUCUUUUCAGGGAACGUGUUGUCGUUAUGUACUCUGUAUAUUGCACUCUAUUAUAGUACUGAAAAUAUAUGAUUCUUCCUUGGAUCAGUAACUCAUUGUUAAUAGGCCGUAAGUUUAAUAAAACUAUAAAAUAUGUAUUGAGUUGAAAA